GCAGAACAUGUGAGUGCUUGUGAGCAGUCACACUCAGAGAACCUGUUGGCUUCUUUCAGAAGUAGAGUGCUCUGAAUAAACCUGGCACACCAAGCAGCAUGAGGAUGCAAAACUGGCUCAGCUGAGGGUACAGGUUUCCAGACUCAAAAAUGCUACUGUAUUUCCACACUAUAUACUUGGGUAUCCGGAGUCGACAGAGUGGAGAGAAUGACAGAUGGCGGUUUUAUUGGAAAAUGGUGUAUGAGUAUGCAGAUGUGAGUAUGCUGCAUUUGCUAGCCACGUUUCUGGAAAGUGCUCCACAGCUGGUCCUGCAGCUCUGUAUUGUUGUACAGACUCGUACACUCCAGGCUCUCCAAGGUCUUACUGCAGCAGCAUCUCUCGUAUCUCUAGCUUGGGCUCUGGCUUCCUACCAGAAGGCCCUCCGUGACUCCCGUGAUGACAAGAAACCCAUCAGUUAUAUGGCUGUUAUAAUCCAGUUUUGCUGGCAUUUCUUCACCAUUGCAGCAAGGGUCAUUACUUUUGCUCUCUUUGCCUCGGUUUUCCAGCUGUACUUUGGGAUCUUCAUUGUGCUCCACUGGUGCAUCAUGACCUUCUGGAUCGUCCACUGCGAGACAGAGUUUUGCAUCACCAAAUGGGAGGAGAUAGUUUUUGACAUGGUUGUUGGAAUAAUCUAUAUCUUCAGCUGGUUUAACGUCAAGGAAGGAAGGACACGCUGUAGGCUUUUCAUUUACUAUUUUGUGAUCCUUUUGGAAAACACCGCCUUGAGUGUUCUCUGGUAUCUAUACAAGGCCCCACCAAUCUCCGAUGCAUUUGCCAUACCAGCACUGUGUGUGGUGUUCAGCAGCUUUCUGACAGGCAUUGUUUUUAUGCUGAUGUACUAUGCCUUCUUUCAUCCCAACGGACCAAGGUUUGGGCAGUCGCCAAGCUGUGCUUGUGAGGAACCUGCAGCUGCCUUUACCCUACCCACAGAAGUGGCAACAAACACUCUCCGGUCCAUCUCCAACAACCGGAGUGUGACGAGUGAGCGGGAUCAAAAAUUCGCAGAGCGGGAUGGCUGUGUGCCUGUGUUCCAGGUGAGGCCCACUGCUCCAUCCACACCUUCAUCCCGCCCACCCCGGAUUGAGGAGUCGGUCAUUAAGAUCGAUCUGUUCAGGAACAGGUACCCAGCCUGGGAGAGACACGUGUUGGACAGGAGCCUGAGGAAGGCGAUCCUAGCGUUUGAAUGUUCCCCUGCUCCUCCACGGCUACAGUAUAAAGAUGAUGCCCUCAUCCAGGAGCGCUUGGAAUACGAAACCACAUUAUAGACAAAGCGAAAACGCAGCUUGGAGAAGCUCUGCCAUUACAGUCCAAGUUAAGGAUUGAUGGGAGGGCUGUAGGAAUAACAAACUGUGUACUACCAUUAGAGCAGCAAGCUGUAGUGUUCUUAGUCUGGCGACCAUCAUGAUUAUCAUUUGAUCCACUGUGUGCAGUCCAUCUGCAGGACACUGAUACAGCAACAUCACCUGAAAGCCUCAAAAAAUAAACAAAAAACCUACAACCAACUCACACAUACUGAUCAGUUACUGGGAAAACUCACCCAUGACUCCUUGCUGCUAUGAAACUCGGACUGCGCGGUACUCACAAGCAAACCAACAGGGGGGCUCUGACCAGAGCUUUCAACUUUAGCCAGUAGUGCAUUUUAUUUUAGAAAUGAAUAAUUGAUAUUUGCAUAAUCAAUGGCGAGAGCAAGCAAAGAAAAAUCCUCUCAAAAAUAAUAAAACUGUAGCACACAAUGUUGCCAUUAUUAAAACUGGUUUCUGGGGGAAAAUAGGAGCAUAGUAGUCUUUGACGCCCCAUAAAUAGAUCAUUCAGGUUAGACUAGGUGUUCAAAAUAGUUCUUAAUUAAAAAGAUGCAUCAUCGUGUUAGCAAGAUUAUAAAUGGAAAAUAACUCUGAUUAUAUAGCUCACAAACAUUGACACCGCCAGAACUGUUUGUUUUCUGGGAAUUUCAAAGUCUUUUCAAUUGCAAUUUAAGUCCUUUAUGUUGCUUUCAACAGAAAUCCUAUGCAGCUCACUUCUGGUUUUCAGGAGAAAUAAGGAGCUCCAGCACGUAGUGAUGUAAAUUAAAUGAUAAUCAUGAUUCAGUGUUCAAUUUGCAAAAAAUAUAUAAAUAUGUAUGUAAAAGAACAAGGAAGUAUAGUUUUCAUAUUCUAAAGUUUUUUGGAGGACCCCAUUCAGAUGUUUCAGAAGGAACUACAAGGAGAUGAACGCACUGAAACUUCUCUCUGUUUCAGAACUGGGAAUGCAUGAUUCAGUGUGAAUGUAUGCAGGGGUGACAAGAGACUGUGACAUGCCAUACCCUUCUAGUGCCAAACAUUGUGUAACUGCAAGAUUGAUGUUGCCCAAGGGACAGAUCACGAGUGGCAUGAGCCCUACGAGACCAAGAAGCAGGAAAGACCAACCCAGUUCUCAACGUGUCGAGACAGCUCUGAUUUUUCCCACCCAAGGUGAAAGUGAUGUCUUUUAAAGACUUUCAGCCACCUCUGAGUAAGUAUAUUCAGUGAAGUGUGAUAUAACCAAGCUGUGUGGAAGACCCUCUUCUGCCUGUUCAAGACUUCUUCCAGAUAUAUCUAAAAAUUACGCUGUAAUACAGAGUGCUUUUGCUACAAGCUUUUGGGUUUGAAAUACCUCCCUAAAUCUAGUCAACGGUAUCCUUCUUUAUGUUAAAAGUAUCCCCUGAUGGUGCUUUCAGAUGCAUUAAAGGUGCAAGUCAAAAUUUGAUAGUAUUUUUUUUAAAGCCGGUGCAGAGUGAAAAACUCAUGAAUUAUUUCAAUAUUUUUGUAAAGUAAAAAUAUGGUAUAAAAAGGUUACUUUUUAUAAACCUCAAAUCUUUUAAUACAUUUCAUUCUCUUUAUAGCUUAGAUUUUAAGAAUUGGUCCAUGAAUUUUAUCAGCUAGAUUCUGCAGGUUGAUACAAACCUGGUUUUCACACAUUAUGGGUUUGUUUUUGCAGUGUAAUGCGAUAUGAAAGCCUACAUGGGUACUUUUAGAAUACACCAUAAACUGCGGAUCCUGCUUCAAGUAUAAGUGGUUUGUAAAGAGACCAAGCGAUUCCAUAAGAAACAAUUUGCUAAAACUAUUUCCAUCCGUUCUAGGAGAGUGAAGCGGAACUGAAGAGUUACUUUUUUAAAUGGCAUUGUCAGGAUGGAAAAGACCUGAUGACUGGUAUUUUAAUCUUCAUGUCAGGUAUAUUCAGUGCAGUCACUGCUGUAUAUGCUGCUGGGUAAAUUUCAGUCUUUCCUGUUAUUAAUAUUUGUACUACGAAAUGGCAGAGGUUACACAUCUUUGUUUGUUUGUAUGUGUUCAAUUAGCCAUUUUUAAAGUUGACUUUUUUUAUUAGAGAAAUGUUCAGUAUCUGUUGAUCUUUGCUGGGGCAAGUUCCUCGAAACAAAAUAUCUAUCUGUGGAAGUGCAGGAACCUGCAAUCCAGAAGGAAUUUUGCACAGAUCAGAAAACACCCAUGCUUGAAGGGUUUCUUAGGUAUUUUCAAAUUAAGCAGUGGCCAGCUGCCUCGAUAAUUGUUUUUAAAUAAAAAAGUUCUUUGAUAGUCCAAACCCAAAGCUUUGUACAGAGUGAUUACCCUUCUCUCCAUGCAGCCAUAGAUGUCUAUGAAGAGAUGAUCUCUCAUGUUAUGUCAAAAAUACAUCACUGUAAAAACUGCUAAAAGAGAUUUGGGGACAAAGCCCUUUGUCUGGAUGAAUUCAAUAAGAGCCUUCGCUCCAGAAUCCAACAUUUGAUAUCAAAAGGAAAUUUGCCUUUACAAACAAGUGUAAGCUUUGUAAUCCAAGAUGUGAGGGUUUCUUUCUGAAACCAUUCUGUAUGUUUGGUGCUUCUUCGGUAACUCAGAAACAGUGUGAGCGGGGCACAGCGGGCAGUGCUCUCCAACCGCAUGGGCUCUCCUGGAGAGAAGGACAACAUCCCAGGUAUCAGCAGCCCUGGCCCUCUUUUGAUGGCCUUCUCAUGCCACAUUGCUAUUCCUGGGAGCUGGGAGCCCUUUGGUAAGGGCUGACAGCACUGAAGAAACAGUGCAGAUUGCAAAGGGUUAUGGUCUGAACCAGUGCUUGCAUUGCAAGGUUUCUGGAGAAGGCGAGCAGUGGGUGUGUUUGAUUUUCUCUCUGGUUUUGGAAGAAAGGAUACGGAGAUGUUAUUUUUUCCAUUGUUAGUAUCUACCAGUUAAUUUGCUUACCCUCUCAUCAUUUUUAGUAUGUUUUUAGUAGAGCUUGUAAAUUCAUUUCAAGCAAACUAUUGCAGGUUCUGAGUGCACAGUGCCAUACUUGACAUUACAUACACACAGAGGCAGUACGCGUACUCCACUGCCUUCUGAAUUCGGGCUGGGUGUUUCAGGAAUAAGGAGAAGUCAUUUUAUUCUGAGUCAAAAUUUGCUCUCCGCAACCUUGCUCUGCUAUGUUUGUAACGUCAGUGAUAUUUGCGCUGAGAACAGAACGGCCAUUGAAACCUUAACGCUCAGAUGACUACAUGGACUGUUUCGUUAGUCUGCUGUGCUGUGAACAGUCACCAUAAAAGCUGUUAGAAUUUUUUAUACAACAUGUCAAAAUUAAAUAUAUUCCGCAUUUCAAUCCCAUGAUGGCCUUACGGACAGUUAAUAAUCAAUAUGCACUAUUCUUUUUAAUGCAAACUGUUUUAAGGUCUAUCAAUAAAGUUCAAUGAAGACAGCAAUAGCAAAAAAAUCUUCUGUUUUUAAAAUAAUGAAAAAAAUCAGGUCUUUUAAAUUCUAUUGCAGAAUAACAGGAAAAUUAAAAUGUUCAUAAUUACAUUCUGGUGAAGAAAGUAAUCACAUCUCUGUUAGAAGGAAGUGUAAUGUGAGCAUUGUCCUAACAAACCAAACAAAUUUGCCAGCAAAUUUCAAGGUAACUUUUAUCUUGGUCCUACAAUUUGAGAGCUAUGGAUUUGUGUGCUACAGAAAAGGCAAUUUAAGCAGUAUUCACUGCUAAAUGAAAAGAAUGCAUACCCAUGCUCAUUCAAAAAAAAAGUAAGAAAAUGUAAGAUAAACUGUUUGUUUUAUUUGAAAAGAAGUGUUAUUUAUUCUAUAGUAAGAUAGUCUUAUAAUAAUAUUUGAAAAAACGUGCAAUACUUUUUUUUAAUGCAGUUUUAAUAAUGAAAAAAACAUUUCCACUUCUCUUUGUGUCAGCUAAAAUAUGCUUCUUGUGUUAGAGUAGUGUUUCUGUGCUUGGGUUAUUUGGGCUUGGUGGCAUAUAAAUGCUAUUUUCAUUGGCAAAUUAACAAAUUUUGUAUUAAUUAAUUUAUGUAGCAUUGAGAUUAGGGAAAAUAGUCCUUCCAAACAUAAAUGCUAGACUUUAGCGGUCUGAUUUUGUAAACUUUUAAGCAGAGGAAGAAAAUCUAAAAAUUUUUGGAGUUGCAGUUUUUAAUACAUGGUGAACAACUAAUCAACCCAUUUUUUAAAAGAUAUAUGGUAAUCUCAUCAAUAUACCACGAUCUCCCCAAAAGAGCAAUUCAUGAGUGGUAUUAAAAGCAUGACUGGUGCUAUUUUUGGAAAGGGACUCCCAGUCUACCUAAAAGCCAACAUAUUCAUUUACUUUAGAUUGGCCUGCAAGUAUUCACAACUAGCCUGUUGUAUAACCCUUCAUCCAGUAAUUAGAAAUAUUUCUGAAUUGAACAUCCGAUUCCAUAAAAGCCUUAAAAAUGGCACUGUUCUCAGUUUUAGUUAACUCUGCCAGUGAUCCAGCUCCCAAAGCCACCGUCCUUUCUCUGCUCAGCCCAUAACAUCACACAGCCCAGAGCAGCUGAGAUGCUGUGGUUUACUCUGCACCCCUGCACUGCCUGCAUAAUGCCAAGGAAAAGCCCUCAGCAGAGUACUGGGGUCCUAUUGCUGCCUCUCUUGCUCCUGUGCAUGGUGGGAAGUGGAGUGAAUCACAUUUGUGCAUCCAGCUAUAAAGGCUUUUUUAGGUUGAGUUCAUACGAGGGUGCGUAGUGAAAAUAAUCACAACACAUGUCCCCAAAUUUACAAGCUCAACACUAAUUACUAGUUCUGCAGCAUAACAAUGCCGAAUGUGGGAAGAAUUGUCUAAAUAAACAAUAAGCCAUUUAAUUUUGCUAAUUGUAGCAAUUAGGCUAGCUCUCCUGAAGCCCAUGCUCUCAGCAGAAAGCCAAAUGGAGUAGUGGCACACAGUCAUUUGUAUGGCAGGGAUAUUACGCUGUGAAGCUCUCCCUUGACUGUUUCUAGAGUUAGGUCUCUUCAUUACUGCAUUGAAUCCAUUCCUCUUCAUUCUGAUAAAACAGAUAAAGUGCAAAAUGAUUACAGAUUGUUUAAAUCUGUGAAUUAAAAAAAAAUGCAGUAGAUUACUGCAAUUCAAUGAUAGUGAUUUUUUGAAACACAUUUAUCCAUCCUUUUCACUUUGCUGCAGAUUACUGAGUGAUCUGUAUCCAAGAAGAUUUCUCACAUCUCAUAUGAGUAGAUGAUUUCAUUACAGGAAAGAUGGAGAUGACCUCACAAAGCCCUGCUUGCACCAGGUUAGAGAAAUGUGUCACUGGUUCACGGAUCACUUUCAAAACUCUUUUAGCAUGUGAGCUGUCCACUGAGGUUGUUUGUAAGGUUGCUUUACCACAGUGACCUCACUGCAGGUGUUUGGUAGGAUUUCUUCACAAAACCCUUGAGUGAAUAAUUUCAGGUACUCUGAGCUUAGUGCUACAUUGCGUGAAUCAAAUCAUUUUUUUCUUCCUUAGUUAAAGCAUUGAUUAACAUAUCUAUUUUGACUGAGCUGCUAUUUUGGGAUCAUUUUAAGAAUACUUAGAAAUAUGUCCAUAAAACCCCACUUGUUUCCAGUGAUCCCUAUACAAACCAACUGCUGACCAGUACCUUCACUAAAAGGAGCCUUUCUUAAACAGCUUGGCUCCAGCACUUAUAUUCUGUUCUGAACACUUUGCAUCUAAUUCUUAUGCAGAGAGUCAUAUAUACUCAUUAGUAAGCCACGUCCCUACUCUGAAUCCUGGAACAGAAAGGGCCGAUAAGCCAGAUGCAGGGAAAAAAAUCUCUUCAGCACAUUUAGGGGGUUAUUUGCAUGAGUUAGACAUGGAAGAGAGAAGCUUGCAUAUGAUUACAGCAGAGCUAUAUGCUGUAUGAAUUGGUAGACAUUUCCAAUUAAUUGUGAGAUGUGGCCAACUAAUAUUAAGAUCAAAUCUAAAACUCUACAUGCAAAGCACUGUAAAAAAAAAAGACAACAAAACACUUUAAAACCAACUCAAAACUCUCAUUUCCAUCCAGGAAUAGCUGGGAGAAGCUUAAAAAUUGAAUUGGAUUUUUCAAUGUAACAAGAUGCUACAUUCAUAGAAACAUAGAUAUGACUGCUAUGGAUAUAAACAUUCUUCUAUCUGUAGAUUGCACUCUCAUAUUUCAUGAAUCUUUGGAAGCAGUUGCUUCUAGACCUCACUUCUGUGUAUGCUGUAGUACUAGACAUGCCAGCAGCUUUUCUACAAGUGGAAUCAGUAGUUGUAUAGGCGAGGCCACAUACUGUUCACCCCUAAGCAAUUUCCCAACUGUAGAGAAGCUGCUUGUUGAACGUGCAGAAGAGCUUGCAGAGGUAGUGCGGUGCCAAGGCAAGAUGCAGCCGGAGUUAUGUUCCACAAGCCCACUGGGGCAGGGGCUGGAUGUGGUGCACCAAUCCCUGCUCACCCUAGGUGCCAAAGAGCCUGCCCAGAGGAGAACCACGUGGAGUACACCGAAGGGUCAACGAGGUACACCAAGGAGCUCUGGCUAAUGUUGUGAUCUUCCAAGCUGUACAAACCGGGAGCUCCUGCAUUUUUUAUAUGAAAGGUUCAGGCACCUAACACUUUGUUUCUGGCCUUGGUCAGGAGCACCUCAGUCUUCAUAGCGCAUAGCAGCGCAACUCCUGUCUACACUUGCCAAGAUCCCCCAAGCUGGUAUUCCUCUGUCAAUCCUAUCUGAAGGGCAGGGUCCUCUGGGUGCUAUCAGACAGAGCCUUGCACAGAAAUACCCAUGACUGAUUCUUCUGCAUGAGACUUCUGGCAAGCAGAGACCGCAGGGAGAGCCUGGCUCAGUUCUCUCUUCAGCUAACAGUGAUCCAUAUCUUUAGCUACUACCUCUCAGGGGAAGGCUAUAGGGCUGCACACUACUGAGGAGGAGGACAUGCUUGCUCUCUCGUUUUGAGAUUUUUGUCCCUUGUUGUGAAAGACUACAAGAUUAUGCUGUAAAGUGUAGACAUAUUUUUGAUGCACUGCGUCCCCUUAGUGAGGAGGACUCUAAGGUUGCCACAUGUAUCCAGUGCUAUUGCACGUGUCCAACCAGAGUAAUGUCUACUGUAAAAAUCUGGGGCAGAUGCAAAACCAACCAGACCAAAAGCUGUAUGAACAUGUUUAGCACUGUGACAAAGCCUGAAUCUCUGCACGCUGCCUUCAGUUUGGUCUGUUAGUGCAGUGUGCUACGCUGGCCACGUCUGCUUGAUUUGCUGUGAGAGCUCAGUCAGCGAGCUCAGGUGCACCAGAGCUGCACCACACAGCCAUACCCACAGCUUUCUGAGCCCACAGUGCACUCCUUGUGUAUACGCUUAGUCCUGAGAUUCUAUUAGGAUUUAAUCUUAUAGUUCAUUUAAAUUCUGUAACUAAAGAAAAAGCAUCAGGAAUGUCAUCAUCGUUAAGGGUAAUCAAGUGAUAACUGCAAAAGGAAAACCACGAUUGAAAAAUACAUUCUAGUCAUUAUUGGAGACAGCUUUGAGAUGCAUUGUGUCAGUAACUUAAUGAAAAGUUGUGGAGGAAGAAUGUUUAGUGCUACAUUUCAUUAAUCAUAGUUAGUUGAGGAAAAAAAUCAUUUAGGCAGACAGCAAAGUGAUUAGUUCGCCCUUUGCCUCAUUUAGUGUUGGCUAUAUUUGUUUCACCGAAUAUCAGUGUUAUUAAUGUCAAUAGGUUAUAUUGGAAAUAACCUCUAAUACAGCAACUGGUUUACCUGACAUUUGAGUGAAAAGCACAAAAGAAGUGUUUGUUGGCCAGCACGUGUGUCAGAAAAAAGGUUUUGAUAAUUCAUGGAUUAUGUCCUGAUGAUAAAUUUCAAAUGCAUGUAUCUGUAGAUGAAACUACCUCUGCCAAUUUAGAAGUACCGUGAAUAUACAGGAGCUAUUUCUGAAAUUUUAAUUACUAUUGCUUUUCUGAGUAUGCAUUCUGCUUUAUUAUCCGUGUAUCCCAGAUUGUUUCUUUGCCAGCGCUUGAUACGAACUAAUUUUAAAUUUUAUAAAGCUGAGGAAAAGAUUAUGAGCCGGUUAACUGAAGGCUUUUGUUUUCAGUUAUGUGAUACACUUUUUCUUAAGCUUUAAAAAGCUGUAAAGUCCCAGUUCUGUAAACCCCUUGCUAAAAACAAGAACAGUUCAACAACCUUUAUGAAAGCCUUGGCUGUGCUGAUGUUCAGGUGUAAGACAGAGUUCCUGACCCAGCCAUCGUACAGCAUUCAGCUCUGCGUUUGGGAAAUGUCAUAACUUUCCCACAGGAUCUGCUUUAUAAGAGAGAUUAAAACUAACCACCGUGGCUGGCUCAAACAAGCUCAAAAGUGGCCCCCAGCCCCUCCAAAUGUCACUUCCACAUCCCUGUUUUGGGACACAGGAGCCCAUGCUGUGGUGUGUCCCAGUGUGAGCACUGCAGGGGAAGGAAAAGUGGGGUGCUCCAUGAGACGGCAUGUCAGUUCGGACAGGGUUAAGUUCUUCAGGCAGCACUGUAUGGACAACAAAUCUUCUGUUAUCAGCAGAAAGGGAAAGCGCUGCUAUAUGUUGUGUGCCAGCACACUGUCGUGUUUCUGUAGCUGCUAUUGAUUCCUUCUUUCUUUAUUCCAUUGGAACAACCUGGAGCUUGUCAAGCUUUGCUCAGGUUGAUUUGCAGCUAAUUAAUUCAAUAGGCAUUUUUAAUCUUGCAAAUUUGCGACUUGUAAUACAGUAAUCAGGCUCCCGCGAGCGAACAUUAAUCAGUGAGAGAGGGAAGAAAAGCACUGCCAGCUGCAUGCAGUGUGGUGCCUGGACUGCAAAGGUACAUUCACAAGGAAUGCAACAUUAGUAAAUUCAUCCCAGCUAAACCCUCAUCAUUCGUCUUUUGAGUCGUUCAUCCACUGGAUUUGUUUGGCAGAGCCAGAGGUUGUAUUUGUGGGGGGGGAAAGGGAGGGAGUGCUGAGCUGAAGAAGGUUUAGGUGCUGCCAGUGGUUCCUCACCACCCACAGAGUCAACCCAGUUUCAUUUCUGAGAUGGCCAUGCUGAUGGUGGAGCAUUUUCCUGGAGAACCAGCUGUGUCCCAAAACACGUAAACACAUUUAGCAACACUAGAAGCCAAGUGAAUGAAUGGAAAAAACUAUAUUCCUUUAUUGCUUUUAGUUUACAGGUAGAUUUUAGCUUCUUUGAUGUGAAACAGAAGGGAAAAAAAUGGAAUGUUUCCCCAGAAUGUACAUGUCCAUGUCAACAACUGAUCAGUGUGUACCUUUUAUUAUGGAAGUGCACCCACUGGUACGCUCAGCAGGGAGGCCAGAGAUCAAAAACUCUUAAAAACUAGGAAGUAAAGGAUUCCUCUGGACAGGAUCAGAAGGGUUUGUGAAACACUUGGAAAUCUGCCCUAGUUGUUUCAGUGAAUAAGGGGAGGAGCAGUCUUAUCAGAAAAGAAAAAAACACAUUUGCACAACCUUAACACCAAUACAGUAUUGUGUUGCAGUUACUCUCUUUGCAACUAAAGAUGUUAGCUGAGAACAUUCCAGACCUGUUAUGAGCUCACUGGAACAUACAGGGAGACAGAUUAAUCCACUUCACAGAUAUACCUGCAUUGCUAUUGGCAAUUGUUUAUUAGCAAUAAUAUACAGAGGUGUCUCAAACUAGAGCACAUGAGGCAAGGAUUUGGUGUGGCUGUUGUGUCAAUGAUUGUUAAAUCUAGGAAUUGUAGAUCUUCGUAAUAGCUUGUAGGAAAAAAAUGACUUUUUAAUGCAUAUUUUUCUUUACAGAGGAUAAAUGUCAGAUGGCUUGUACAAAAACAUAUCACUUAAGUUAGACUCAUAAAGUGGGCUUUUCUUUAUAUGGAAUAGGAGAGGCUCAGUGUAGUUCAAGUGCUUUGUGCGCUUUUUCACUUGGUUUCUCAUGCAGUACAUGUGAGAAUAAACAAGUAGUGGAUUCACAAGUUCAUCUUUCCUUAGUGCAGGUAGUCCUGGCAUCAUCUUGCUCAUCUACACAUCAUGAGCUGAAAAUAAAGAUGGAGAUAAUAGAUGAUGUGGGAAAAGCCUUCUUACAACUAGAGAAAGUUGUGAAUACAUGGAGCAGAUGAGCCCUCAUGGUAUUUCUUCAUGCUCAGGUAUUCUUCACUCAGCUUCUCGUGCACAUCACCACUGAAGGACUUUUAAGCAUAUUAUAAGUUGUCAAUUUUUGCUUCUUUAUAAGUGGGAACAGUAGCACCCUGGGUUGCAAAGGAAAUCACUGUGCAGGUGUCCAUAACCUUCAUGCGUGAUCUGUAAGUGUAGCACAUCGUAACAGUUGUGUUUUCUUCAAACAUUCACUCAAACAAGUUUGCAGGAUGUAUUAGACAUUGUUAUGAUUUUUUUUCCUUGCUUCCAUUUCCUUCCUAUGUUGAGGAGUGACAGUGCUGAGAGAAGAUGCCCAUGCCCAUAAUAACCUGAAGUGAGUAUCAUAGAAUCAUAAAAUCACAGAAUGGCUUGGGUUGGAAGAGACCUUAAAGAUCAUCCCAACCUCCAUGUAUGGCAUGGGCAGGGAUGCCACCCAACAGCUUACGCUGCCCAGGGCUUCACGCAACCUGGCCUUGGACAUCUCCAGAGAUGGGGCAUCCACAUAUAUCCUUUGUUUUGGAGACGCUGGCAGAAGAGCCACUAACCUGGGACCCUCUGGAUCAGCAGGCAGAUCCCCUCGCAAGUUCAAUUCUUCAAAUGAACUGCAGUUCCUUUAAAUCAGUUACCAUUUAUUCUCAAAGGCAGAAAAUCUCUUCUGCAUAAUUUGUUCUAUACAUUGGGACAGAUAUUCUGCUGUCUAUUCUUUGAGUUAUGUGUUAUUCUAGUAAGUGAGCAUCACUGCAUUUUCUUUCAAGUGCCCUUCCAUGUAUAAGGCUGUCUCACCAGUGCAAGCUGUCUCUGCUCUUGUUCCCACACUCGCUUACCUGCAUCUUUACACAAAUGCCAACUUAACAAUCAUUAUUUGUCACGUUGCAGGUCCAUGCCAAACCCAGUAUGACUUUUGGAUUUGAUCCAGGGCAUUAGCAAAUAGGAUUAUCUUCUCACUGCAAGCACUGGAUGCAGAACCCACUGAGAUGCAAUAAACACAGUUCCUUAUCAUGCUGAUUUGACAGUAAUUUUGCAGGGUACAGCUGGGCUUUAAAACUUUGUUCAGUUCUCUGCAGUCUUUACUUACUAAAAAAAAAAAUUCAACAAAGCAAAAAGCCGCACACACAAAUCCAAACUUUCAUUGUUCUUCCUUGUUGCACACUGUUCUCAUGAAAUUUGCUGUCUGAGGAGCAUGCCAGUUAAUUCGCAUUGGAACAGCCCUUCCAAUGUACAUUUUCCAAAUGGAUUCCUACAAAAACUAUUAAUAAUAAACCCUGUAGUAAUUAAAAUGAACAUAUUCUCCGGUCAUUAUAGCAAAAUGUACACUCAGAUAAGGCUAGGUAACUUGUGCAUGCUUCUGUCUUUCAUCUCUUAUGAUGCACAGCUCAAAGUUCUUUUUCAGGUUGACUGGUGAAUUUGAUUGUUUGGAGAAAAUAUGUGCACAAGUGUUUCUAGACAUUAGUAAAACCGGUGAGCUUUCAAAGCAAUUUCAUGUGAGACCGAUGAUCCUAAAAGAUUCAGACUUACUGUGCUUGCAAAACCUUCUUGCAUGGUCUACAAAGAAAAAAAGACACUGUCUAAGGACUGAUUGAGAAAUUUUGCCCGGUGAACACAGUGAUAAGUAAUACUUACACCAGCACUCUGAAAAGGAGCAAUUAUUGUACUGGGAUUUGCCUUGACUAUAGGCAGCUUAUAAUCUUAAAGGGCUUGCCUGAAGGACCUCCAUAGCAAUGGAUGACUUUCUUUUGACUUUACCAGAGUCCAGUAAGCUGUGAGAGUAGGCAAGUGUCAUUUUGCUAUUAAAUUUCACAAUGCCUCUCCAGAUGAAAUUUAUUUUUAUGGAAUCUCUUUAGUCACUAUUUUACAGCACACUUGAACUUUACUAUCAGUGAACUGCCAGUCCUUGCGCAUCCAAUACUGAUUAGGCAAAAGAAAAUCUCUGGGGAAGGAACAUCAGUCUUUGUAUUGAAAAAAUAGUCCUCUGGAAAUUAUAUAAAGCACUUCUAGGUCUUCCAUUUCUGUGAGUCACUGAAUGAGUCAAAGACACCUUCCUGGGUUCCAGAAUAAAUUUAAAUAUCUGUUUAAAUGUUCAGAAAACUGAGAUAUUAAUAAUAUUUUAAUAUUUUCCAUGAAAAAAAAUCCUUCAAGCUACAUAUUUCAACUUCAAGAAGAAUGCAUAUCUUUAUAUAAAUUCUAAGUCAUUGGGUUUUGGUGUAGCAAGGGAAAAAAUGGCAAUUUGAGGAGGUGAAAUUUUCACUUAAGCUCAGCAAGAGUCUCCUGGUGUCCCCAUCAGCCUGCUGCUCCAGCCCUUGCUUGUCACUAUUUAACUGCUUAAACCCUUGAAAAAGGAUCUAGGGUUUGGAUCUUGACCAAGCUCAUCCCAGUCUUCAGUACUAGGGCACAGAUCAGGGAUGCAGGAACCUCAGAGACAACAGGCUAGGGUCACAAAGAGAAAGGUAGAUCCUUUUAUUCCAGAUUCUCUACUGGCACAGCUGAAUGGGUGAUGAGGACAAGGGCUGCUUCUUCAUGGGGCAGAUGCUGAGUGCUGGGACAUGGGGCUGGUGUUUGUAUCCUCUCUUUGGAAAGGAAAGGCAGCAAAUAAAAUUUAGGAAGCAGUGAUGUUAGACACACCACAGUGCCAAAGCACUGAACCAUCAAGCUGGAUUCCUAGCCCUUAGAGGUUGGUGCCAGGAAUGGAAACAAGUUUAUUAGCUGCUGCAAUGCAGUCCUAAAAGAUGCCGUCUGCAGCUUUCUGUAUUUUGCAAAUCGGUAUGCAGAGGGAAAAACAAAGGAUUGCCUUUACUGCUGUUUCGCAGGAAGUAAAACAUUUUCACAGCUGUUUCAGAGGUGUGCCUUUUAGCAUCUUUGGGUUUUAUGAAGACCUGAAAUAUAUUUCUCUCCCUUACAAAAACUUUUUUUUUUUUUUUUUCCAUACAUUACAUACAAGUCAUAAAGCUUUGGCUUCUUUGAGAAACUGAGAUUCUCACAAUUCCACUCUUUCCCAUCUCCCCACCGCCUAAAAAAAAAAAAAAAAGAACAGAAAACUGACAAACAUUUUGGGGAACACUGCAGUACCACACUGCUUCAAGAAAUCCUGCACCUCAGUGUUCAAGUUUUCCACAUAGUUCUGUGGUAAAAGCAGAAAAAAAUUGCAGGCCUUAAUGUGCAGGCUGUGCAAAGGUUACUGGCAAUUAGCAGCAGCUCUGCUCUGCCACUGUAGUUUGUAGGUUCGGCAUCAGCAAUUCCUCGUUUUGGCCUGCUGCAACUGAAGCUGGGCAAAAUGACACAUCAAUCUGAAAAUCAUAAUCAUAAUAUGGGAAGCUGAGGAAUAUAACAUUAAGCAAAAAUAAAUAAGAGUUUCAGCAUUUCUUUGUUUAACAGAUCGCAAAUAUUAAAGAAGGCACUAAUAUAUUGUCCUCUUUUACUAAGUUAUGUGUAAACCACAUGCACACAUUUCAGAAGUACAAACUCUGUGUUUUCACUAUCACAAAAAAAAAAAAAAAAAA